AUGGCUAAUUCUGGACAAUCUGGAGAGUCCCUAAAGUGUGCGGUCUUACGUAAAUAUUACUUGGAAAAUGAUUACUUCGUGUCUCCCGAAGGAAUACUCAAAGGAUUAUCGAUUAUUUCCUGCACAGUUUCGUCCAUACUAUUUAUAUGGGGUGGUGGGUGCAGCGUAGCAAUCUCGGGCACUGCCGGGGGGCUCACGCUGGGCGCGGGCGCUGCGCUCGCCGUGCUCGGGGCGGCCAUCCUGCUCUCCUUCGCGGCGCUUGCUCCAAUGACAUGCUUCAUCAGUGAUGUGGUCGUGUCCACCGCGAUAGGCGCGAGUCUGCUCCUGGUCGCACUUCUUAGCGUGAUAUUCUGUGAAGCGCAAAACUCCAUAGCGUAUACGUAUGGGCCUCUCUCUUUAAUAAAUGCAGCAUUAGUGAUAGGCAGUGCAAUAUUGACAUAUAUGUCAGUGACAAGUAGAUGGGAUGCUGCAUCUGGACCAGCAGCAUCACUAAGACCACACUCUGAUGAACAGGAAGUU